AUGGCCUUAGGAUGCAUGUUAGCUCAGCUUGAUGAUUUGGGGAAGGAGCGAGCCAUCUAUUAUUUGAGUAAAAGGAUGCUUGAGUAUGAGUGCAAGUACAUUAUGAUUGAGCGCCUUUGCUUAGCAGUGGUUUGGGCCACUAGGAGACUUAGACAUUACAUGACAGAGUAUUCUGUGCUCUUGGUCUCACGAUUGGACCCGUUGAGGUAUCUAUUUGACAGGCUUGUUCUGACCGGUAGGCUCAUGAGAUGGCUGGUAUUGUUGACAGAGUUUGAUAUUCAUUAUGUCACGCAGAAGUCAGUAAAGGGAAGCCUUGUUGCAGAUCAUCUAGCUUCUUUGCUGAUAUCCGAUGACCGAUCAAUUGAUGAUGAUUUCCCUAAUGAGCAGAUAGUUUCAAUGACUAGUAUUACGGGGUGGCGGUUGUACUUUGAUGGUGCCGCCAAUCAGUCGGGGUUUGGCAUUGGUAUCUUAUUGAUAUCACCACAGGGUGAUCAUAUCCCCAGAUCAGUCCGGUUAGCAUUUUCUGAUCAUCACCGGUUGACGAAUAAUAUUGUAGAGUAUGAGGCUUGCAUUACAGGUUUGGAGACUGCACUUGAUCUUGGCAUUAGACAGUAUAUACAUUUGCCCAGGGUGGAGAAUCAGUUUGCCGAUGCAUUAGCCACCUUGGCUUCUCUGAUUGUGAUCCCUGCGGGGGUGAAUGUUAGGCCAUUGUUGAUUGAGACUAAGUCUGCACCAGCUUACUGUUGUCUGAUUGGAGAGAUAGAGGAUCAGAUUGAGCUGCCAUGGUAUCAUGAUAUUUAUCAGUUUCUGUCAUGCGACGCUUACCCAGAGUCAGCCUCGGCCAAGGAUAGGAGAGCAUUGAGACAGUUGGCCACCAGAUUUGUUGUUUACGGGGAUGCGCUGUAUAGGAGAGCAUCUGAUCGAGUGAUGAGAGAGGUUCAUGCAGGGGUCUGUGGCCCACACAUGGGAGAUUGUUGCCAGUUUGUACAGAGAUGUCAGGAGCAUCAGAUGCAUGGAGACUUGAUACACGUGCCACCUUCUGAGUUGCAUGCACUUGCAUCCCCUUGGCCAUUUUCAGUAUGGGGUAUUGAUAUUAUUGGGAAGAUCUCACCCAAGUCUUCCAGUGGGCAUGAGUACAUUUUGGUUGCCAUUGACUAUUUCACCAAGUGGGUGGAAGCUGCUUCUUAUGCUAGGUUGACAGCGGCCAGAGUGGCCAAGUUCAUCAGAUCGCAUAUUAUCUGCCGAUACGGGGUCCCUCAUGAGCUGAUCUCAGACAGAGGGGUGCAUUUCAAGGGCGAGGUGGACACGUUGAUUCAAGAGUAUGGCAUUCAGCAUCACAGAUCGUCUGCAUACAGGCCGUAG